UCUGCAUGUGGAUAUACUCGUAUUGGGCUCUUGAGUAAGGCGCAUCAAGCAAGCUCUUUCGCAGGAUCUAUUGGUUUCUCGCAGAUUCAUACAAUACCCAUUGUGUGACAAGGAGUUCAUUGUGAAUGUCUUGCUAUUUCAAAGAACAUGUUGGACCCUGGAACGAUUGAGAUAUGGUCUGCUAGAACUAAUAGACAAAGAAGCAUCUCAUACAAGUAUAUGUCUUCCUGCUUCUACAGCCUGCUUUCUUGCCAAGCGAGUCGUCAUAUUAAUCAUAUUUAUAACUUGAAAAGCACCCUAUGCUAGGAGACACUUUCAGAGUAAGUUUCGUUUCCAUAUCAAACAACACAAAACUGUUCAAAUGUCGCCCAAUCUUAUCCAAUUUCUUAAGGCUUGUUGCUGCUUCCCCCAGCAGCGCCCCAAACCAAACCCCAGUCUGAGCAGUCCCAUUCGCCGUGCAGAACAUUACAACUCCAGACUCCGAGCUAACCUAGGGUGGGAAGUCCCAGAGCGCAGCGCGCCGGGUCAGAGCAACCGCCCAGAGCAUAUAACAAUGACUACGGGCCAGUCGAGCCCACAUCCACGUAUCAGGACAGAAGGCCGGUUUCCAAUUAAAGUCAGCCCGGAGGUACAGGUAGAGUGGUUAAAGACAAGCAUGGACCGUGAAAGGCUCAAGGAGCUCUGCAACGUCGUACACGCGACGUUUGAACACGUACCCUACGCAAUCUGUGGCCUUGGCGCCUUAAUCAAUCACGGAAUCACAGGGCGGAAAACAAGUAGGAUAUCAAUCCUAUGUCCACAAACCUCGAAAAAUGCUGUCAAGUCAUGGGCCGCGACACGGGGAUUCAAGAUCUAUGGCGACUCGAUCUGUGUACCCACAAAAGAGGGUAUCAGACGCGUGCGCAUAAAGUACAUCGAGUUCGGCUUCGAACAGCUGCAGACCGUGAAGUCGAGCUUCAGCAACGCUACCGUGCUGUCUCUUACAAGCACACUGGACAACAUAGCAGCAGGACACCUAGAAAAUCUGCGUCGCGGCGACGAGCGCGCGCUGACCACACUUGCUGCGGAUAUAUUCUGGAUUCUCAAGCUCAUGGCGCAACGUCACGAGAACAUCGAUUCACGCCUUCUCCCCACGUUUCUCGGCGAGGAGUUCUUCACUGAUUUCACGGCACGCCACAGUAAUGCUCGAACGGAGAUGGCACUCGCCGGCAUCGACGUCAGCGCCGCGCUCGCAAAACAUCGGACAGCGGCGUCCCUGAGGGAGCAUGAUGAAUUGUUGAGAAAUCAUGGAUUGAAGGGCGAUGUCGCUGAUACACAGAUUGGCCAGUUUGAGAAUAUGAAGAGUCUCGGUAAUAAGAGCGUGUAUACGCUUCACGGCCGUGAAGCAGGAGGCGAGUCGAAUGCUCCGCCGAUGGAGCAAAGUCAUGCGCGUCGUAGUAAUUCUGGCGGUCGCAAUCUUACGUCCAAGCCGCCGAGGAAGCCUAAGUCCAUUGAGAGACCAGUUGCUGACUGGAUUUAGUUGAGUUGACGAUUGAGACACAGAUGAGGAGAUGAUAUAGACAGUUUUAGUAAGUUAUGUUUCCAAACCCUUUGGACGCUUUAAUAAUUCAGCUGAUUUGAUUUCAAUCUGCUUUGAUUGUUAUUUUUCUACUUCAUAUCAUCUUCACAAUGCUAAAUUACUCAUGAGGCCGGGAAUGACUUUUUCGAGUAAGCAGUAUCUUAAUCUACUCUUACUAACUGGAGAUUGCCAUUGUAAAGACGUCCGCUUUCACGAUUGCUUUGAUACAUACCUCUCCUCCGUAGCCAACUCAUCCUUUAGCUAAUCAUUAUAGUUUCCGUAGUCUCGCGCUUAAGUUCAACCACAAGGACUAUAUUCAGGGCGUGGGAUUGAGGCGAUUCACAAUUCGAAUGGAUCGCUAGGUAUGGUAAGGGCCCUUAGCUACCUACCAGGUCCCUCCUUAGCCUUGGUGACUAACUUUGACUCUA